UUUCUUUAGAAUGGUAUAAAAGGUCUCUUGCAUCUGAUCGCAACUCAGAUACGAUUUGAAUCUUGAUAUAGAUUUUAUAAUCUUGAAAUUAAUUCGGAUCGCCAUGAAGUACUUUGGAAUCCUCACCUUCGUAACUGUGGUGCUGGCUGUCGCAUUUGUUGAAUGUGACAAAAUAGACUGGGGUGCUAAUAAACCACAGCCUCCAAAAGUUGGUGAGCCUCAAUUCAGCCUCCAGGCAGCAGGUGGUGGUAAAGAUUUGAGAAACUUCCAGGCUGGAUACAAUGCCGGAGUCGGAACUAAAGUCUGGGAAAGCAAGAGAGGAGAUGCCAGCCUGGAUCUUGGAGUCAGUUAUGGGCAAGGAGUUGCACGAAUGGACGGACACACAUUCAAGUCCAAGCCUCAAUAUGGAUUCGGUGGCACCUUCAGAUGGGGUAGAAAGUAAAAGAGCUUGGAAACGACAAAGGCUUUGAAUUGAUUUUUCCAAAUGGUGCUGUAAAUGCGUGUGAUGCUGCAUUCAUUUACACGUGCUGUAAAUGAAUAUUUUUGAAAUGGUAUUUUAUAAUGAAUAAUUUCGUAAAAAGAGUAAGGAAUGUACUUAAAGAAAAUUUAAUAACAAGCUUUAAGAUUUCAUUUUUUAAAAAAUGGUGCUAUACCUGUGAUAAUGUAAAUAAAUUAAAUUCAGUAUUUUGUAAAGUGCAAUCAAUAAAGAGAUUCCUCAUUUGUUGAAUGAAA